UUCGCGGAGGGAAAGACGCUUUUCGUCCAGGAUUUCGAUGCAGAGAUUUCCGAAUGUUCAUUUAUUUACUACCAAAUUUAUUUCAAUUUCUGUGGUGGAUCGGUCAUUGAUUCAAGAACGUUAAGAUAUUAACUUGGAACUCCAGGUAAAUUGAUGAUUGGAGGAUGUCUAGCGAAGCGUCCGGAAGCAUUACCAUCAAAGAAGAAGCAUCCACGAGCGGUACUGCGUCCAAUAUUCCAGUGGAAUCUACCGAAACAGAGGCUAAGAAACCGGAGAUCGGAGCUGACAAGGCGGAAUCGCUGACAGAAGCUGAGGGCGGGAAGGAGGCGGACACGACAGAGACCCAUAUAAAGCGACUUCAGAAUCUGCGCAAGGAAUUGGCCUACCUCAGCGAAACGGACUGGAUGUACGAGAGUCUCGACAAUAAACCCGCGCAGUAG